AUGUCAACCCAAACGUUUUUGCUGGCAUCCUUCCUCCUUGCCUUCGUGCUUUUCGACGAUCUUCCAAUUACCCUUGCUCUCUCCUCAUCAUCAUUUCAAGCACAAACGAAAUACAAUGACGUCAGUCAGUUCAAAAAUAAGAUUAUUGCCUGUGCUUCCACAAAAGAGUUGACACUAGCUGUAGAAUUUUGUGUCAAGCCACAUUACAGGGUCGCAGAAUUAGGGUCUCAGCUUCGUGAAGUUUCUACACAAAUAUGUGAAAGUUGUGCCUCUGCUACGCUGGUGGAUGUUCAGCGCAAGUUUCCCAAGACACCUCCUGCAGUGUCAGACGACGGUGCUACUAUCAGUAAGCAAAAACAACGCACAGCUGCCAUGCGCUUGCAAAGUGGUAAAGAGGAUAUAUUUUUCCCUGAAAUUUCCACCUUUCGAGAAAUCAAGAAAUUACAAGAUUGGAGAGAGGCUUUCUUUCCUUCUCUGUCAGAGCCAUCGUCUUAUGAUGUUUUGGUCUUGGAUGUCAAUGCCAUUGUGGGGAACGAUCUCGAGUGGACAUCACUGAGUUUGAUCCAAGAGUUUCAAAAUCAACAAUCCAACAAAGACUUGAUCAUUUUGGUAAAGUCGUUGGGUCUAAGUCAAUUCGCAUCUCGCUUAGUUUAUGGAAAGCGAUACACCAAAGACUACAAUGCGAUCCCACCACCUCAUAUCCUGGCAACGGUUGGUGUGCAAGAGUACCGAGACACCAUUCCACAUGUCGUCAUCAAACCAGAUUCAGAUGCAAUUUUAGAAGUCGGGUGUCAUUUCGGAACCACCACAGCCCUGUUAGAACAAGCUGGAAAAUACUGUAUUGGUGUCGACGUUGGGUCCAAAAUUAUCAAGCAGGCCAAGAACAAGUAUCCAGACGUGUUUUUUGCCGUUGGGGAUGCCUGGAAGACUGCCUCCUUGCUUCGGAUCCAACAAGAGUAUUACAAACAAGAAAAACAAAGUCACAUCAAUUACAACAAUGAUGACGGUCCAGCAGCAGCAGCAGCAGCAGCAGCAGCAACGGAAAAUGGAACAAGGGUAGGUUUCGAUGUUGUCUUUGUCGAUGUCGGAGGCUUGUCUGGGAGCGAUGGAUUGCUGGAAGCCAUUCUACUGGUGACCUCUAUUCAAAAUGCACUGGAGCCCCGAUGCAUUGUGAUCAAGAGUCUUUGUAUGCAACGGCUGUCCACCACGUUGGUCUCAUUUUGGGAAUUGCGAAAGCGAAUGAAGCAGACAGCAGAGUAA